AUGAAGACAACAUUCGUUCUGUCUGCCCUGCUGGGCCUUGGCCUUGCUUUACCCACGCCAGAGAUGAACACCCGUGAGGUCGAUCCAUUCUUGGGUGCUAAGAACGUCUGGAACCGUGAUACUGAGGCCGACCCAUUCUUGGGUGCUAAGAACGUCUGGAACCGUGAUACUGAGGCCGACCCAUUCUUGGGUGCUAAGAACGCCGACCCAUUCUUGGGUGCUAAGAACGUUUGGAACCGUGGUGAGGAUGACAUUGCAAUUGGCCACGGUAUCACCUGGGAUUGA